CUCGCUGCGUUUUAAAAUAUCAACAAGGCCCGUUUGCGUCUUUAACCAACGGUAGUACCGAAACCACUAUGACCUGAUUUGACCGCUUGUUAUUAUGUAAAAGCAGCCAUACGUAUAGCUGACUGUAAGAGAAGUAAAACCGUAAUACGUGAGCAGGGCUGGAUCAGUACAGGCAAGACUAGACGCUGCAGUGCGGAAGUUCUUUGUUCCAAGCAGCAGUCCGCCACUACAACGCUUAACUUCCGAGACAAAUUAAAUAAAUGUUUGGGGUGACACGAGUAACAAAUUAAUAUCCCUUCCGGCUUCUGUCGACACUAACAGAUAACAAAAUGGAUAUAGCUAGCCACAGUCUUGUUCUUUUACAACAGUUGAAUAUCCAGAGGGAAUUUGGUUUCCUUUGUGACUGCACAGUUGCAAUCGGAGAUGUUUACUUCAAAGCUCAUAGAGCUGUUCUAGCUGCCUUUUCAAAUUACUUCAAAAUGAUCUUUAUUCAUCAGUCAAGUGAAUGUAUAAAGAUCCAGCCAGCUGAUAUCCAGCCUGAUAUAUUCAGUUAUCUUUUACAUAUUAUGUAUACCGGAAAAUGUCCAAAACAGACAGUGGAUCAUAGUCGACUGGAAGAAGGAAUACGAUUUCUUCACGCAAAUCAUCUUUCUCGCAAUCCAAAUGAAGUUAGCCAAGGAUUUAUUUAUGACAUUAUGCCAUCUUCCAAUUUAUAUGGUAUUCAAAUCUCAUCAGCCCAAAAAACAAAAGAAACUGUUGUUACAAAGGAAAAAGUAUCAGGUAAUCUUGGAGAUAAACCAGAUAUGCAGAGUGAUCACCGACAGUUCCAGUUAUCACUUGCAAUUGGCUUGGAAGGUACAUCCUCAGAGCAUCAGUUUUCCCAUCUUCCUUCCUCUGCAUCUGAUUUAAUUCAGACUGCAGGUGAAGUUUCCAAAAGUUCAAACACAAUAAAACAAGAAAAAUGUGAUCCUGAAUUACCAGUAGUGCCUCAGGUCAGUUUUCCACCCUCAGUUGAGGGUUCAGCUCCUAACAGUUCAAAAGUAAACAUAAAGGUGCAUACAUGCCAUUACUGUGGGGAACAGUUCAAUUCACGUGGCAGCUUGGUUGAACAUGUGUAUACUCAUGCAUCAGGGUCACUUCCAUUUGGAGUUCCUUCUUCCAUCCUAGAAAGUAAUGAUCUUGGUGAAGUGCAGCCACUCAGCGAAGACAUAUCACCUCAAGAAGGUCAUCCUGUUCUUGGUUUUAGAGUAAAUGAGACUAGUCAGCCUUUGGAAAAGUCAAAUUCUAAUAACAUGGAAAACCUUGUACAGGUUAACCAACAGGUUGACCCAAUGUCAUUGAUGCAGACAGAGGCAGAUCCACUAGAACUGAACUGUAACUACUCCUUUUCAAGAAAAAGAAAAUUUGCUUGUGCAGUAUGUGGACAAAAAUUUCUUCAAAAGCACCAGUUGCUGGAACAUAUGUACUCCCAUACAGAUUUAUCUGAACCUGAAUCCAGCAGUAGUAUGUCUUCAUCUUUGCAACCAACAGAAACUGAAGAAGAACCCCCAUGUAAGAGAAAAGAAGUCAGUGUUUUUAGGCAGGAAAUUCAACAAGUUUUGCACUCAUUCCCUGCCUUAGAGAUGGAAUCUUCUUUUCGGGAUCAUUUUCCUCAGUAUGAUAGCCCUGCUAUACACUGCCAUUACAAAUGCAAUCAAAGAAACUGUGAGGCAGUAACACUGGAUAGUAAGAAAGGUGAUCAAUUUGCGCACAAGUGGUUAUCUGACCGAUCUGUUGCUUGCUGCAAACGAACAGGGGUAUAUUGGUUAGUGUUUGAAGAAGGGCAAGGUAUGUACUGCUUCUUGUGCAGAAAGCAUAACACCUACAAUAAGCAAAAUAAAGUAAAAGUGUUUAAUACCACCCCUGCAGUUAGAUUUAAAAAAUCUGCCAUUCAGGAUCAUGCACAAUCCCAACAGCAUAUGCUGUCUAUUCUGGCAGAACUGGCAAGUAGGGAAUCUAAUACUGUCAUGAUGGCCAAGGAAAAAGAAGAAAUCUCGCUUCUCUCUAGUGCUUUUCGCACAGCCUACUGGCUGGCCAAAGAAGAAAUACCCUGUGCCAAGUUAGUAUCACUCUUGAAUUUUCUGAAAGACCCUUGUCUUCAAGAAAGAAAAUAUUUUGAAACAGUAGAUUCAGUCCAGAAUAUUUACAGCUGUCUUGGUAUAGCUAUCCAGAAUCAAUUAAUGCAGACUAUUCAGCAGGCUGGAUGUUAUGGCCUUUUAUUUGGUAAAUUAAUAAAUACAGAAUUAGAAGACUUAUUGCUGGCUUUUAUUCAAUAUGUUGAGCCCAUAACAGCAGAAGUUAAAACUAAGUUUUUAUUUGCCAAGUAUGUUGGAAGAAAUGCAGACCAAUCAGAAGCUGAUGUAAUUGUAGAACUAAUAAAAAGUAGCAUUAAGGAUCUUGGUCUUUCUAGUCAUAAAAUGACUUCUGCUGUAACCGAUGGAGCUGAUGUGAUGACUCAUAAGGCGCUGGGUGUGACAGCUCAGUUUAAAGAAAUUGUACCCACUUUGAUUGCUUUUCAUAGCCUUUUUCCAAAGCUUAGUUUCAUAGCAGGUGCUGACAAAUCUUCACAAGAUCGGUAUAUGGAGGAUAUUGAAGAGUGCAUGGCAGAGAUAUGGAAACUGUUUUCAACUUCCUCAAGACUUGUUACACUCUAUUUAGAGGAACUGCUUGAAAUGAAAGGCCUAGGUUUUACUAGCAAAAAGGUCAAGGAAUUUGUGCAUCGUAAGUUGUUACAAACAUGCAGAGCUAGGCAGUGUUUGUUGGUGGCAUCAGCUGAGGGAAUCUGUAACGACUACAGUAUUCUUCUUAAAAUUCUCUCUGAUUUUCAGAAUAGCAGCAGAAAUGCAAGCAACCUUCUUAGGAAGCUCCAGUCAGUUAUGUUUAUUGGGUCAGUGUAUAUACUUAGGGAGGUUUACCCUAUACUGUUAACACUGACAAACAUUUUUCAGAAAGGAAAAGUAAAUUUUACUACCAUGGAGUCUUCAGUAAAUUACUCAGUGCAUCAGUUAAAUGAAGUAGUAAACAGUAAGAGGCCUUUAGUAAAACUUAAAAAUGAUCUUAUGCCCAAUGGAUGCUUAAGCUACACAAAGAUGACACUAGAUACACAGCAAGAGGGGGAGCUGAACCGUCUUCUCGAAGCACAUGUGUCUGCUAUAAAAAGAAACAUCAGUAGCAGGCUUGACUCAUGUUUGCCUUUGCUCUCUGCAUUUUCUAUAUUUAACCCUUUGCUAGUACCAUCCAUUGAUUCUCCAAAUUUUUUUGAAUAUGGCCAUCAGGAAAUAAUGGUUCUUUCUAAUCAUUUUUACAGAAGAGAUGAAAAGAAGGAUGCUAAAAUAAAGGAGCUGAAGGAUGAAUGGGAACAUUUUAAAUUAGACUUGUGUAAUUGGAAAAAUAUUGUCCCAGCAGAUGUGCUUACAGGCUGUGCUAUGACUGUUACUGAAUGGAGUCUGAAAUGUUUGUUUACAAUGAAAAGGGAAAGUGGCCAUCCAUACCCUAACUUGCUUCCUUUUGCAGAAAUAUGUUUGUCUAUUCCAUUUACUAGUAUGUGGCCCAAAGAAGGUCUGACAGCAUUAAGGAGGCUCGAGAAAGACUGUGAAGGUCACAUAAAUUCUGGCCUUUUGAACAGCUGGCUGCACAUUGUAAUAAAUGGCCCAGAGUUUGGGGUUCCAGACUGUAGCAGUAUUGUCUAUGGAGGCAUAAAAACAUUCAUGAACCAGAGGCAACCACAGCUUUCUAGUCCUUUUAAAAUGAAAAGCCUAGGAAGGGCAGUUGAUUCACAGGCCAGUGAUGAUGAUACAGUAGAGAGAUGUCAAGAAUUUAAAGACAUUCAGUCUGAAGUGUGUGAAGUAAUUAAUGCUCUGGGGAUUUCAGCUGGAUUAGAAGAUUUGUCAAAUGUACCUGCCUGAUGAUGUGUCAGGCCACCAGUCUGGAUAACAGAUUUGUAUUGUUCAGCUUUCUAAUCAGUGUAUUAUAUAUGCCAGUAUUUAGUGUAUUUAAUUUAAAAAAAAUCAGUAAUGUCAGCUUUGACAAAGUGUGAUGUUGCCAACAAAGAAGAGAUUUUGUUGCACUGUUUCUACCAGUUAGGAUGUUUUUUAUUUAUUGUAUACUAAUGUAAAAUACAACUGAUUGCUAAAUAUAGAUUUAUAGUGCUUUCUUUAUAAAGCAAAUGUUUAAGGGUCAACCGUCUUUUACUUUUAUUGAAAAGGUAAAUAAAGAAUUUUAUCUGGGCAAGGGAUAUGCUAAUGGAUGUUUUUUUUUCUUCACAUGUGAAGGCCUUCCCUUUGUUGUUAAUGCCUGGUAAAAUAUACUUUUACUGUUUCUGGUCCUACAGCUGUUUACAUUAUAACUUCCUAUACUUUGCCCUUGUAUUUUAAUGACGUACUACAUACUGCAGACAUUGGAAAUGCUAUACUUCGUAGCAUUCUGUUUAGGAUAACUCAUACUGCAGUCAUAGAGUCGGAAUCUUCAGUCCGUGAUUAGACUUUUAUAUGAAUAUAUUUACUAGCACAUUUAAAAGAACCUGUAAGCUCAAUGUCAGGAAUCUGUGAUCAAAGUUUUUCAAGGCUGUUUUACAGAAACAGAUGUGCAUUAUGGUGAGCUGUGUGCAGCUGCUGUUUGCAAGAGACGAAGUUCCAUUUUCUUUUGCUAAUAUCUUGCCAUUAUAUGUAAAUUCUGUAUAUUUGUAUUAAACUUGUUAUUAAAUAAGAUAAUAAUUUU